UGAAUCCAGUGCGACCGUGGAGCGUGACUCCUCCCUGCACGUCGGCAGGUCCACCCCUCCCCGCCUCCCGCUGCCCGGGUCUCGGGGAACCCGAGGACGGUGGUGGGCGCCCCGCCGACCGCGACGGAGGACCCCCCGCGGGGACGUUGCUGGUCGGCUCUUCGCCACCUUUCUCGCUCUUUCCGUGACGAGAGAACGGCUGUGGGCCUACAGUUUUGCUGAUCCUGACACUCAUCACAUGAUCUUGAACUGCAUAAUUCUUCUGUCAAUAGUUCGUACACUUUUUUUUUAAACCACGAAAGCCUUUGGUUGUCAGAGAUUUAAAAACACGACUUUUAGGAUAUCAUUUACAUUUAACCCGAAGCGCUUCCUUUCAUAGUCCAAAAUGUUGAGAUACUGGGGUGAGAUACCAAUCUCAUCAAGCCAGACCAAUCGAAGUUCCUUUGAUUUGCUCCCUCGGGAGUUCCGUCUGGUGGAAGUCCAUGACCCACCCCUGCACCAGCCCUCAGCCAACAAGCCCAGGCCUCCUACUGUGCUGGACAUCCCCUCUGAGCCCUGCAGCCUCACCAUCCAUACUAUCCAGCUGAUCCAGCACAACCGCCGCCUGCGCAACCUCAUCGCCACAGCGCAGGCUCAGAGCCAGCAGCAGACAGAAGGCAUCAAGACUGAAGAGAGUGAGCCUCUUCCCGCCUGCCCCGGAUCCCCUCCUCUCCCUGAUGACCUCCUGCCUUUGGAUUGCAAGAAUCCCAAUGCCCCAUUCCAGGUCCGGCACAGUGAUCCAGAAAGUGACUUUUAUCGUGGUAAAGGGGAGCCCGUGGCGGAACUCAGCUGGCACUCCUGUCGACAGCUCCUCUACCAGGCAGUGGCCACGAUCCUGGCCCACGCGGGCUUCGAGAGCGCUAACGAAAGUGUCCUGGAGACCCUGACUGACGUGGCACACGAGUAUUGCCUCAAGUUUACCAAGCUGCUGCGCUUUGCUGCGGAUCGGGAGGCCCAGCGGGGGCAGACUCCCUUCCCCGACAUUGUGGAGCAGGUGUUCCAUGAGGUAGGCGUCGGCAGCGUGCUCGCCCUCCAGAAGUUCUGGCAGCACCGCAUCAAGGACUAUCACAGUUACAUGCUGCAGAUUAGUAAGCAACUCUCUGAAGAGUAUGAAAGAAUUGUCAAUCCUGAGAAGGCGACAGAGGAUGCCAAGCCUGUGAAGAUCAAGGAGGAGCCUGUGAGUGACAUCACCUUCCCAGUCAGCGAGGAGCUGGAGGUAGACCUUGCUUCUGGAGACCAAGCACUACCCAUCGGCGUGCUUGGAGCGCAGAGUGAGCGUUUGCCAUCCAACCUGGAGGUCGAAGCUUCACCACGGGCUUCAAGUGCAGAGGUAAAUGCUUCCCCACUGUGGAACCUGGCCCAUGUGAAGAUGGAACCUCAAGAGAGUGAAGAAGGCCCUGUCUCUGGGCACGGUGUGCUGGGCAGCGAUGUCUUUGAAGAGCCCAUGUCAGGCAUGAGUGAAGCAGGCAUCCCGCAGAGCCCUGAAGACUCAGACAGCAGCUACGGGUCCCACUCCACCGAUAGCCUCAUGGGGUCCUCCCCAGUCUUCAACCAGCGCUGCAAGAAGAGGAUGAGGAAAAUGUGAAAGGGGAGAUCUUCUGUGCAAAUGUCCUAAAACAAACAUUCUAUUAACAAGAAGCCUUCGUGAAUUCAUUAGAAUGUCUUCAUAAACAAUGAAAUUCAGUGAGUUUCCCCAACGUCAGUGGUACUGAACUUAACCAAAAAAGGUUGUUUUACUUUUAUAUUGUUUUUGUAGUUUCCCACAGCAACCAAACCACCUUUCACAAACAAAACACAACACUGACGUGGCUAUCUGGAAACCAACGGACUGCCUUGACUCCUGGCCCGACUGACUGGACUUUGCUUCCCUAGAGCCAUUUCCCUGUACAUCUGAGAAGACUCACGCCUGCUUUGAACUCCCUUGCAGGGGUGUUAAAAGGAUUGAGGUGUUUGCUAACAUCAAAGAUGUUUUUUUCCAUGUAACUUGCAUUUUUGGUUCAAGUCACUGAGUCUGAUGCCUAAUAGGAAAUAGCUCAACUCUACAGAUUAUCUCUAGUUGCCUUUUCAAACCGUCUGCCUAUGGAUUCUCAAAGGUCUGCCGCGACAUAGCCUUUCUGCUUACUCAGAUCGCUCGUGUCUCCCGCUGUCUUAUUCUAGACUGACUCGGUUUACCCUCACCCUGGUUGCCUUUCUAUUUCCAUUGACUCCGUCUGUGUCUUUUUCUUUUUCAUUGGAUUCCCCUCCUUGGUGAAUGGUGCCAACAGGAGCUGGCCACGCACAGGCUUGAACUUACUGCACCGAUUUCUGCGUGGCCGCUGGAGAACGGGGUCCACGCCUCUGCUAGAGUUCUACACAUGGUGUUUCUACUACUGAAUGAGCAGUUAAAGGCACCUUUCUACUUUGUGAGGAUGCUCCAAAAUGUUUAUGGGGAAAUUCAGGAUCUUUUCCAUCUGUCCACGAACAUUUUGAACCCCCUUCGGUUACUCAUCCAUCGGUGCCUGCCCUACCUGGCAGCUGAGUCUCAAGUAAAUGAUGUUGGACAGUGGUAAGGAGUCAUCGGCAAAUGUUUGCUAUGCCUUGGUAAUAGACACUGGCAUGGAGUUUUUGUUUUGGUUUUUUUUGGCUUUCUGAUGCUGGAUUCAAGUCUUAACAAAAUGUAGACUACUUUUUUAAGAGACCAAAAACCAAGGCAUAUGAUUGCCUUAAAUGUGCCAGACAUUGAGAAUAAACAAAUUCCACCCUC